GGAAAAUAAUGGGGACGUUGAGGGGAGGGGGGAGAAGGGGCGACCCGAAUGCUUGAACGCUCGACAAACGUGUCGAUUUCGAUACCGUGCGGUUACGGGAAGCAGUCAGUCUCUCUGUUCAUUCCACCGGAUUAACAAGUCAAUUUCAACAGGUACGUUUACUUCUAGUAUCAAAUAAACCGGCCUAAGCAUGGAUGAUGGUGCUGCAUCCACUGGCGUCAUUGUGAAGAACAAGCCGGGCGCAAAGCCGCUGAACAUCGUCGAUGACUUCAACCGUCGCAAGAUGCCGCUUUACAAGCACUGGGUUCGCCCACAAUUCUUGCAAUACAACUACAUGUACGACUACCGCGUGAACUACUACGAUGACGUCAUCGACUAUCUGGACCGGCGAUCACGGGGAGUUGCGUCGGAAAUUCCACGCCCUCAGACCUGGGCCGAACGUGUCCUGAGAACCCAGAAGACCGCCCCGCGUGACAUCAACGAUGUGUACAGCUACACCAGCAUCAGCCACAAGAAGGACGACAAGAAGCUUAUGUACACGCUAAGUAAUCAGAUCAAGUCGUACAACUGCCACUCGAAGGCAUACACUAACAGAAAGUACCGCAAGAUCCUCUAAAAUGCGUUUCCUUUGGCUUCUUUUUGUUACUUGGGGGGGAAGCAAAAAUCCAUCAAACAAACCAGAAACCCCCAAACCUCCCCCCCCCCAAAAAAAAACUCUGGCAGAAGGAGUUCCGUUCCUGUAGCCCGCCAGCUUGCUCCCACUAAUUUGUGCCGCUCUUUUUUUAUACGAAUGAAAUUUUUAACAACCCUCGCAAUAAUAAAAAACAAAAUGCUUCCGCUUGUUUAGCUUACGAAAAUGCAGUUUUGUAAAAUUUUAAAAGAAAACCCAAAAUAACAAAGAAAAAAGGAACUUAUAAAGACAAAAAAAAAUGAAGAAACAACAAAAAACACCAAAACGAACAAAUGCUUAUAAUGCACUUUACGCACAGCAUAGACAGAGAGACUCGAAACGAAAACGAAACGUUGCCCCUCGCUCCCACGCCUUCCCCUUGUACCCUUCCCUUGCCUACCCUGCUCGAUACGAUCCCAAACGAUCCUUUCUCUAAGGUUCGCUUUCGAAGUUUGCUGUUAACGCUGCAGAGUCCUUGGAAUUCGAAAUCCAACCCCACAGGACGAUGCUGCCUUGCUUUAACGCCUCCUUUAGUUAAGAUGUGUUUGUUGUUUUAGCGCUGUGUUUUGUUUUGUUUCACAGAUUUUUUUUUACAAUCCUUGCCCCCAUUAUCUUCCCUGCCCCAUCUUCCUUACGGCUUAAGUAAGUUAAUGCGCGCGAAAAUGUGAAACCUGACAAAUAAUUGCCACACACGCGCGGACACACCACGUUCCUACGGGUUCGAACGAGUCCGUAAUGUGCUUGUGGGAGUUAUAUUUUUUAUAUCUGCUUUGUAAUUAUCGCCUGUUUUUAGUUUGCAGCUAUUUUCGCUUGUUGAAAUUGGAGCUUAGCAAAUAAACUAAUUUGGGUGUGAUACAUGAUGAACUGUAUUUAAUUUUUUCCCUAAUUUUCUUCUCCUGUAUUCGGGCACUCGGUUCGGUGCGGCAGGGAAAAGUCGACCACUGGUAAGGCUCUAUCUGAGCACUGCUUACCGAGGCUGGUGACCGGUUAGGAAGCGACGAGAUCGGAUCGCUUGAGCACACACACUCACACACGAUUUAACAUAUGCCUAGUCCGUGUCGGUGGAACUGCACACCCAGAGUAAUGGAAAAAGAAAGAGCAACAGCCCAAUUGCCCACUGUACUUGCACAACACAUUUGAUACUCGUUGUAUCGGCCCGUUUUGAUACCCGUUGAACAGCUCUUCAAAAACGAACUUCAAUAAACGAAAGUAACUGCUAAACUAA